GGUCAAAGGUCAAUAUAAUUAUACUUCUGGAUUUGUGCAUGUUGAGUGUUGUGCGAGUCCUCUCUUCACUCUGUGUGUUGUCAAGCUUGUCACAAAGAGGCUCAAGGAUCUUCACAAUGGCUUGGCGAAGUUCUGGAGAGAGCAACGACGACUUAAUUGACCAACUGAUGAGGAAUGGCAUUGUCAAGACAUCCCGUGUCCAAGCAGCCAUGAAUGCAGUGGACCGUAAAUACUACUCCCCCUACAACCCGUACACAGACUCUCCGCAGUCUAUUGGCUACAGUGUCACCAUCAGUGCCCCCCACAUGCAUGCUGCAGCUCUGGAACUACUGUCCGAACAACUCUACGAGGGUGCCAGUUGCCUAGACGUCGGAUGUGGGAGUGGCUACCUCACGGCCUGUAUGGCUCGGAUGGUCGGAGAAACUGGCUGUGCAGUCGGCAUCGAACACAUACCACAGCUAACAGAACUGUCAGAGAAAAACAUUAAGAAAGGGAACGCCGAUUUGCUCGACUCGGAACGGAUAAAACUUGUAACUGGUGAUGGCCGAGAGGGGUACGCGGAGAAGGCCCCCUACGAUGCUAUACAUGUUGGAGCAGCAGCUCCUGUUGUGCCUGAGGCAUUACACAAGCAGCUGAAGCCUGGAGGGCGUUUGAUUGUUCCCGUUGGACCUCAGGACAGUCAUCAGUACUUGGAGCAGCACGACAAGCUGCAUGACGGAAGUAUCAAAGUCAAGAGAUUAAUGGGCGUACGAUAUGUGCCACUGACAAGCAAGGAGAAACAAUUAUUAUGAUAGGUCUUGUUUUUGUAGCUGUGUCCUUGUAUUGUAGUAUAUUAGAUGGUGAAUCAGAAAUUCAUCUUUCCAACCAAAGCAUAACAAAUUAUCAUGACGA